AUGCGUUUCUCUUUCUUGACUAUCCUGUCCGCCGUGGCUGCAUUGGGUGAUGCCCUCCCGAGUGUUGUGCAGAUUCGUGAUGUCCCCUCUGAUAAUCUGAGCCAGUUCAAGUUCUGGGUUCAGUAUGCUGCGGCAUCAUACUGCCAAGCUGAUUAUACUGCUCAAGUCGGCACCAAGGUCAGCUGUACGACAGGAAACUGCCCCGAUGUUGAGGAAGCCGGUGCUACAAUCAUCUAUGACUUUUCCAACUCCACAGCCACCGAUACAGCUGGCUACAUUGCAGUAGAUACCACAAACAAGGCAAUUGUCCUCGCCUUUCGCGGCUCCUACUCAGUUCGCAACUGGUUCGCUGAUGCCUCUUUCCCCUACAUUGACCCCGACCUCUGCGACGGCUGUUUCGCCGAACUGGGCUUCUGGAGCUCCUGGACGAAUGUCCGCGACGACGUCAACGCGCAGCUCGAAGAUGCCCUGUCCCAGAACCCAGACUAUGAACUGGUAAUCGUGGGCCACAGCCUCGGUGCAGCCGUUGCAACUCUUGCGGCCGCCGAUCUCCGUACUAAGGGUCACGAGUCAGCCAAACUGUACGCCUUUGCUUCGCCCCGUGUGGCCAACCCGACCCUGGCGAAAUUCAUCACUGCGCAAAACAACAACUACCGCUUCACCCACCAGGAUGACCCUGUUCCCAAGCUGCCUUUGAUUGCUAUGGGUUACGCCCAUGUCAGCCCUGAAUACUGGAUCACGUCUGCUGAUAACACAACUGUUACCGCCUCUGAUAUUGAUGUCGUUGAAGGUGUACUCAGCUUGGACGGAAACUCUGGAACUGGUGUGCCGUUGAUCUCGGACUUCCAUGCUCACCACUGGUACUUCGAGAAGACCGAUGCUUGCUUGAAUAAUGAUCUGCCGUUCAAGCGCUAA